GCAACUGAAAACUGAAACUCUCAUUAUACACAAUCGAAGAAGAUGACAAUUCAAGCUCUGCUCGGAUCGAUUCGGAGGCGUUCGUUUGCUACUCGCGUGGCCCAUUCUUCGCGAUUUCUUAGCACUCUGGUUUUGGGGGAGCACAAGGGCGGAUCCAUCGAGGCGUCUUCGUUGUGUGCAGUGGAGGCUGCUAAGCGUUUGGGUGGAGACAAUUCUGUGUCUUUGCUCCUUGCUGGUUCGGGUCCUUCCUUGCAGGAGGCUGCUGCUCAUGCUGCUUGCUUCCACCCUUCCAUUUCUAAGGUCCUUCUUGCUGAUUCGGAGAGGUUCACAUAUGCUCUAGCAGAACCAUGGGCUAAACUGGUGCAUCUUGUACAGCAGAAAGAUAGCUAUUCUCACAUAAUUGCUGGAUCGGGUUCUUUUGGAAAGAAUGUUCUCCCUCGUGCAGCAGCACUUCUCGAUGUUUCACCUAUAACCGAUGUUACAGAGAUUAGUGGCUCGAAUCUUUUUGUUAGGCCAAUAUAUGCUGGAAAUGCUCUUAGUACUGUUCGAUACACCGGUUCAAACCCUUGUAUGCUGACUAUUAGGGCUACUUCAUUUCCUACGGGAAUGGCGCCAGCUUCGGUGUCAAAUGACAAAUGUAUUGAGAAGAUUGAUCUUUCAGCGUUCAACGAAGAUGAUGCAGAUGGAAAAUCGAGGUAUGUAAGCAUCUCCUCUCAGGAUACAGAACGCCCAGAUCUGGCAAACGCACGCAUUGUUGUCACUGGAGGGCGAGGUCUAAAAAGUGCAGAGAAUUUCAAAAUGAUCGAGAAGCUUGCUGAGAAACUUGGUGCUGCAGUUGGAGCCACUCGUGCUGCAGUUGAUGCGGGAUUCGUUCCAAAUGAACUCCAGGUUGGUCAGACCGGGAAAAUUGUUGCUCCGGAACUAUACAUGGCUUUCGGUGUUUCUGGAGCUAUUCAACACUUAGCUGGCAUUAGAGAUUCAAAAGUCAUCGUUGCUGUAAAUAAAGAUGCUGAUGCACCGAUAUUUCAGGUUGCGGAUUAUGGACUUGUGGGAGACCUUUUUGAGAUCAUACCGGAAUUGUUAGAGAAACUUCCUGAGAAAAAAUAGACAGAUUUGAUCAUAUUCUGGAAUAAUCCGUUGUUUUGACAUUAAAUAUCUCUGACGUUUAUAAAAUAUAAAGACAUGUCUUUUAGAUUGUUUAAA